AGUAGUCUCUGAAUGAGAUUUUUUCAUUCAAUAGCUACAACCGCAGAGAAAAAAAGACAACGUUUAAUUAACAAAAUAAAUUGUUUAAAAAUACAUGUUUGCUUGACAAAAACGCCGCAUUGCAAGAAGCAAAACAAUAACAACAACAAAACUUGAAAAAGGCAAAGAAAAAAGUGGAAAAACGCAGUUUGAAAAACAGAACGGUGAACGUUCACAACGCAUGUAGCAAGCAAUCACCGAAGAGGAGGAAGAGAGAACGGCGAAGAAGCAAAGAAUAAAGAAGUCAGUGACAGACAUUAAAGUAACGAGUGAAUGCAACGAGUGGCGAUUUUUUAGACAUCGUUUUUGUGAUUAUUUUUUUUAAUAUUUUUGUUAGUGAAGAAAAUACCUCUAUUUCGAGAAAUAUUUUGGAAUCGCGGCAAAAGGACGGCUUUAAAUGUGCUUAACAACCUGUUCCCAAAGUGUGUGUUUACAAACGAUCUGUGGAAAGUGAAGAAAAGAGGUUAUUUCACCCGAAAAUCAUCGAGGAAAAAACUAUUAAUUGCAUAUCCAUCCCAGUUCCGUGCAGAUGCAGAAAGGCAGCAGCAGUCCGCAGAAUACAACUUGUUAAUAAAAGAAGGUUGAUUUUCGUUUUGUAUUUAGUUUCGAUUUUCUGCGCUGCAAUUAAAUGUGGUGGCAAGACCAACGUCUGACCAUUUGCCGUUCCGGGAAAUAUUUUUAUCAAGGGUCAACUGCAUGAAGAAGACGAUUUUCGCAAAUAUUUAAUUGAGGUUUGCAAAUGCAGGUUCUGUAGACAAAACGAACAAACAAAAAACAACAAAAGAUACCACGGCAACAACAACAACAAAAACAUAAGAAGACGUAACGCCUCCACCGUUGUCAUUUUGACACCAACGGUCGGUUGUGGAUUCAAUUUUGUUGUACAGAGUAUUCUUAACCACGUUUAAAUGCAUCAGAGUAAUGCGGCUUUGUCCAGACCAAUACAACAGAUCCAAGUCCACCAAACCAGCAAAAAUUGCAAAGACAAUUAGAGGACAAGUAGCAGUGCCCGAAAGCCAACGCGCCAUAGGCCUGGGAGGACUGUGAGAGCAGAGCACGAUAAAAGCAAACAAAUUGCCGAACGUUGCUGACGCCAACGCAGCUGCGAAAAGCUUGCAAAGAAACAACUCCAACCAUUCGCGAGAAAAAGCGUGGAGAUGAUUACCAAGAGCGAUGUGAUAAUGUGGUUUAGAGCCCUGGAGAGCUACAAGCGCAUAGACACUAUGUGCACAUUGCUCAAUUUGUGUUUGCCAUUUGAGUUGCGCUUCCUGGGCACUUGCCUGGAGGAGUUGGGACGACGAGAUUCCCAGGAGCUCCGGGGCAUGGAGCUGAGGGCGAAUAACCCCCAAGACUUGGCUACAGACAUGAUUGCGUGUCAAAAGGGUGAACCGACCGAUAUUAAGGUGCGUCGUAAAAUGGCUUUGUAUUUAGCACUGAUUCGGUCCUGCAACCGUACCAAUGUCAAUGAAAUCUUUCGUACCCUUGAGUCCUGGGGCGAAUUGGACUUCUCAACAAUGACUGAUAUUGACACCUUGAAGGAGCUGCUUUUGGUCUAUACCAUGGCUGCUAAUCACCCGGUGUUUGAAUUUGAGCAGCAUCUUAAAUUUAUAAAGAUUUUUGAGAAAAUUAAGGAAAAUAAGUUAGUGGCCGAUCCACCGCCAUCGUCAACGCCGCCCCCAUCUGCACAGCACCAACAACAGCAACAACAUCAGCAGCAGCAACAGCAACAACCCGCUAUCCAUCCACAAGCAACCCAUCAAUCCGCCGUAUCUGCCACCACCAUGGAUAACCAGACGCUGCCUAUGACUCCACAGCAACAGCAAAUGCACCAGCAUCCACCACCGUCCCAACAGGAACUGAUGCAGCAACAUGUUUUGCAUGCGGCCCUGCAUGCUACCGGUCAACAUCAUCAGUUGUUGGGACCAACACCCAUGCAAAUGCUUGCCCAGGGUACAAUACCGCUCAGUUAUCCCCAGAGUCAUUUGGCCAAGGUAAACUACGUAUAUUUAAUACCACCCAAUGAUGGAAGCUCUUUACAACAUCAAAUCGUUGAUGGACUACCACCACAUAUGAUUUCCUCCAACAUCAUUCCAGACGCAAGUAACGGUGCCGCCACAAUCUUGACACAUCCAAAUGCAGCAUCGUGGGCCAUGCGACAAUAUCACCAGGCACCAACGCAGACAGCGGGAGCUCCACCCAAUCUGAUGGAUCAUCCACCUCAGGCCUCGUCGCCCAUGUUGAGCCAACAAUCGUCGCCAUCGAGUUCACGUGCCACAAGUCCCAAUCGCACUUCGUCAUGCGAUAGUGGUGGCGGUCUAAUGCAAAACCAACAUCAGCCAUCGCAGAAUCCCUCCCAGACAAGAAAUAUGUCACAACGUUUAGCGGGUACAACGCUAAAAAAUAUAAGACGUCCAUCGGCUGAGACAACACCACCGCCUCAGAUGCCACAAAUGGGUAGUGAAUUGAUAAUGCCAACGAACAUGAAGCACAUACAGGAGGUGGUUAUGAAUAACGAGAACACCGGCAAUCAAUUGCAAAAUCUCAUACGCAAUGGCUUUACCCGUUCAGGUAACCAUCCGCGCAUCAAGGCCAACACCUACAUACCACCACACCAACAACAGCAACAACAAUCGCCAGUCAAUCAACACUAUCAGGGCAACUUUGCUGUCAAUACAGGUCUGGCAUAUGCCAUGCAAAAUAUGUCCAUGUCUGAUAUGUCAUCCAGUGGCCAUCACAGUAUGGAUGGUAAUAUGAUGAUGAUGAAUUCCAAUAAAAGUACUGGUAGUGAUUCUGGUAGUUCCAUUGGUUCGUCGGGCGAAAUAUCACCACCCGAGACACCAACCCUAAUGAUGAACAAUGCCGCAUCGAAUCCAGCCAUGAGAGGUGGCAAUGAUGGUGGCCAACAGUCGCAACAACAGCAGCAGCCAACACAAAAACAUCAUCAACCUUCACAGCUAAGCUAUAACAAGCAAAUGGGCCUCCAACGCUUAAAUGGACGCUCGGAGAAAAUGUCCUCGGCUGCAGGUGGUGGUGGCGGUGGCGGCGGUAAUGGUGGGGGAAAUAAUGUGAUGAAUGCCAGUGCUAUACUCUAUGCUCAGACAGCUCAGCAACAACAGCAACAGCAGCAACAACAACAGCAGCAGCAACAAUCAGCCAAUCAACAAGCCAUAUAUGCCGAAAUGUUGCUGGGUCCCGGCCAGGGAAAUGUGGGCUCUGCAAAUGUCAUGCAAACCUCAAUGACAAAUAAUAAUCCUGGUGGUAAUCCUGCGGCAAAUGUGGUUUCGAGCAACAACAAUAUGGUGGGUAAUAACACUGUUCUAAUCAGUUCACCCUCGGCCGGGGCGGGUACAGCCACUUUGGGAAAUGUCUUGUCAACGAAUUCAGUGUUAUUGCAGUCACAUCAGCAGCAAUAUAAUGCCACGUAUCCCUACCAUGCGGCAGCUGCUGCAGCCCAACAUUUGGCAGCCACAACACGUCCUCCAAUAAUGCCCCACAAUCCUGCUAUGGCACCUCCACCCCACAGUACUUUCCGUGUGCCUAGUUUUCAAUUGCCAUCCAAUGGCGGUGAGCUACUGUAUCAAACCUAUCAUGCCCCUGGUAUUGCAUUUCUACCGGGAGCUCCAGCACCGCCACCCGGCGCCCUCAGGAGUACGAAUAGUGGAGCAACAGUAGUCACACAACCGCCACCAACGCCACAACAAAUUCCAGCGCCAACCCAACAAUCGGCGGCACAGCCACAACCGCAACCGUUGCAGCAACAAACCCCAAAAGUCACGAAACCCGUAUCUUGCUAUAACUGCGGUUCCCAGGCCCACAUUGGGCGGGAUUGCCAGGAAGCAUCAAUGGAGGAUGUAACACGUAGCGCCAUUUAUAAACUAGACUAUUCCCAGGCCGCCACAGGAGCGGGGGCGGGAACACCAAGUGCGGCUGCCUCAACACCUGCGAACACCAACUCCUCCAAUCAGCAACAGCAACAAUCUGUAAGCAACAGUGCAUCGGAAUCGUCAAUAUCGUCCGGAACAACGCAACAUAAAAGUCAUGACAGCAGCGCUGUUAAUUCCCUAUCAUCGUCGUCAUCGGCGGUGGCAUCGGCGACCUCUGUCUCGAAUGCAACACUUGCUGCGGCCACAGCGACAGCGGGAGCAAAAUGAAGGAAAAAAAGCAACAACAAAGUGAGUUUUAUUCAUAGAUAAAAACAAAAACAUAAAUGGUGUUCAACGAUUCAGAAUGAAGACGUAAGACUAUAUACAUAUAUCUAUUCAUACCUAUAUACAUAUAUAUACAAACAAGCAUACACACAGACACAUAGAGACAUAUAUAUAUAUAUGUAUGUAUAGAGAUAGAUGCUAAUAGGUUUAAACUGGAUUUAAGCGUAAGGUUAUACGUUCGCAAAAACAAUGAAACAAAACACUUAUUAUUAUAGUGAUACAAAAACAAAACAAAAAAAAAAACUACAACAAAAAAUCAAAAACAAAACAAACUCAAAUACUGAGCAUUAACGGCUGUAGUGAACUACAUAAAUACUUCGUUACGAAGCAUUUUGUUUGUGUCUCGAAAGAUUUCAAAAUUUGUUCUUAAGCUUAAGUUCUAUUAUUGCUUAUAACGAAUGAGUUAUAAUUAUGCCACAUGUAAAGCACCAUUAAAACAUUAAUUUUGUUAAUUCCUUGGUUUACAAAAGAACGAAACGAAAUAUUGUAAUAAACAAUAUAUAUAGACACAUUAUUAAAAAACUCCAAUUUAUGAGCAAAGGUUCAAACAAGUUCACUACAAACCGUUUCGCCCUGUAUUUGUAAGUUUUUUAUGUAUAAGCGCGUGUUUUCUGUUUGUUUUAAGGAUGAUCGAUAUGCCUAUGUUGGUUAUUUUGACAUGGGCAUAUUGUUUUUUUUUUAAUUAAAUAAAUACUUUGACAAUUUUUUUUGUUUAAAGAAAAUUCUUAUUCUUAUUAUUAUUGAUAUUGAUAUUUAGAAACUACAAUGUUUUAAUUAUUCUAAUUUUGUUAUUUUGCUAAAUACACAAAAAAUGUUUAAUUUAUUUUAGAACCACACAAAAAGAAACAAACAAACAAAAAUUGUAAAAUAUUGUAUAAAACAAAAAAAAAUAAAAAUGGCAAAAGUAAUAGAGAUAACCCAAACUAAACAACACUUAGGUCUGUUUUUAUGCGAUCAUCGAUUUAUGAUGGUGUUUUCCUGAUUAAAUCUUUUUUUAUGUAUUUUCGUUUUCUUAUCUUGUGAAUUUUGAACAACAAACACACUAUUUUCUAUUUUUAUAAAGUCGAGCAUCUCAAUUAUAGAAAUUUUUAUGAAUGGACUGAAAACAUUUAAGUAUCUGAACCCACUUUGAAAAUCGCUUAUAAUUCCCUCCCGUAUUCGGUCGGCUGGUGGGAAGACAACAGGUGAAUAGAUUCAGAUUCAAAAAUCUCCUCACAGCCAUAAAUAAAGACGAAAUAAAUGAAGACAUCGGUUGCCUUGAUUCUUUGGGAAAAAUUGUUUCUCCCUAUUGGGUGCCUGGGAUACAUUUUAUUGAAAUUGACACUUCAAAUCUUUUUAUCUUCACGAUGCCUUAAAGAAAACUAGAAGGCACUCUUAACAAUCGGACAGAAUGGAGUCUACAUACGAAAAAAAUAGUAGGUUGUGGCUAACAGAUUGGGGAACACUGUAGGUGUAUAGACAAGCUGAGAAGCAUUCCAUUGAAAAGUAAAAGAAAUACCCUAGACACGUCCAGAAGAUUGUUUUACAACCGGACGAGAAUAUUGACGAGAAUAUGGAAGAUCCAUAUGUUAACAAUAUCCACAAGAGACGAGCCAAAGGAAAUCUUCAACGUCGACCAAAAGGAUCUCUAGAACCAAAAAGGAAUCUUUAUGGACGAAGGGGAAUCUUUAUGGACGAAGAGAGAAAAUCAGAAUGAGGUUUUAAAAGACGAAAAGAGGAAAUCUUUAUAAGCGAUCAGAUGGGUGUCUUGAAAUGAGCCGAAAGAAGUUUUAGAGAAGUUUUAGAAGUUUUAGAUAAUAACCAUCUACAGAAGAAAAUUUGUUUUACCGAGUAGAAAAAAGUCUUUGGAAACGAACAGAAUAGAAUCUUUUGAAAGAGUUGAAGCGAGUAUUCGGAGACAAGCAGAAGCUGGUCCUGGAAAAAAGAUCUUUAAAGUCUAACACAAAUAAAUUUUUAUAGACGAACCAAAAGAAGAUUAAAAGACGAUCAGAUGGAAGUAUUUAGACCAUAAUAACCACCUAUGAAAGAAAGUCUUAUAGCCCUGAAUCUUUAUAGUAGAGGCUCUAAGAGAGUAUUUAGAAAUAUAUUUUGAAAGAGGACUUAAAAUAUGAAAAGAAAUCUUGAGACGAGCCGAAAAAAGUUUUAGGGACGAUCCGGUGCAAGUCUAUAGAUCAUAAAAACCACCUGCCGAAGAAAGUCUGUAUAACUCAGCAAAAGAUAGUCCUUAGAACCAAGCAGAAGGGAGUACUUAGACACGAGCUCAAGUAUGUCCUAAAAAAUUGAGAAGAAAAAAUCUUUAGAGAGGAGAAAAAGGAUAUUUUUAUAGACAAGCAGUAGAAAGAGAAACUCGGUGACAAAAGAAAUAAGUUUCAGAUCAGGCUAUAUGUGCCUACAAGGUAUUCUUUACGGCAAUCAGAAGGAGAAUUUAUGGACGAGCAGAUGGAAAUCUUACCGUCCAACAGAAAAAGGCUUUGUAUAGACGAACAAAAGGGAGCCUUCACAGACGAAUAGAAGGGAGUCUUUACAGAUGAAUAUAGGGAAGACCAGAACGACGUCUUUUAGCCGACCAGAGUCUUUAUAAUGCCCAGACCAGUCAAACAACCAGAGAGUCAAAAAAUAAAAAAGAGUCUGUAAAAACGAACAAAAGGGUAUAUUUAUAGGUCACCAGAAAGCAGUUUUUACAGACGAACUUUUACUUCUUGGGGACCAGAUAUGAGUCAUGAUAUGAGUCUUUACAAGGACCGGAAGGGAGUCCUCUUAACCGACCAGGAAAUCUCCUUUACGUCUACCAGAAGAGAGUCAAACUAUCAAAAGAACGUAUUUAUAGGCCACCAGAUGAGAGCAUUUGCAGACGAACAGCGGGUAGUUGCUAAAGUCGAAAAAAGAGGAGUUCAGAGACAAGAGAAAAAGGGCGUAUUUAUAGGCCAACAGAUAAGAAUCUUUACAGAUGAUCAGCGGCUAGUUACUAAGGUCGAAAAAGGAGGAGUUCAGAGACAAGAUAAAGAAGUUUUAGAGACAAAAGGGUGCAUUUAUAGGCCACCAGAUGGGAGUCUUUACAGAUGAACAGCGGGUAGUUAUUAAAGUCGAAAAAAGAGGAGUUCAGAGACAAGAGAAAGAAGUUUUAGAGAUAAAAGGGCGUAUUUUUAGGCCAACAGACAAGAAUCUUUACAGACGAACAGCGGGUAGGUACUAAAGUCAAAAAAAGAGGGGUUCAAAGACAAAGACAUUUUAGAGACAAGCAGAGGGAGGUGUACCGGACCCUAAUAACUACCAAUAUUAGGAAGUCUGUAUAGACAUAAAGACAUAAACAAUGAAAUUCAUCCGGAAGGAGUCCGAAUAAUUUCCAUAAUUAUAACUUUUGAGUGUCGAGUCUAAUGAAGAAUACAUAAAAAAAUCACCUUCCCCAAUGAAAUUCUUCCCGAAGGAGGAGUCAAUAAGAGAUCUUUAUAUAUGUCCCAGACGUUUAAUAAUUUCAAUAUUGUGGACUCUUGAAAGAAUACAUCAAAGAUGAAGAAUACAUCUAAAAUCCCUUUCGUUUGUUAAUAAAAACUGAUUUUUUAGUUGAGCUCAGCUUAUGCGAAUGAAUUUCCAGUGUCGAAGGAGUUGUAACUGAUUUCUCAGUCCCGUAUCAUUCGCACUCCCGCAAAUCAUUUUUUUUUCUUUGUGGUUCAAUGUUUUAUAGGUUUUCUCCCCAAAAACUAAUUCCUCAGCCUCGAACGACCACCUCCUGCCUAAUGAAAAUCUCAAGUUUCGAUGUUUGAUAGGAGAUUUUUCAAUUUUUAUACAUGAUUUGUAUAUUUCGGAAAACAAUAUUUGAUUAUUUUUUUGCCCAAUAUUUAACUUUAUAUUUUUUUUACAAAAUUUCGCUUUUUUUAUAAAAUUACCUUUUUUGAUUUAUUUUGGAAAACACACGCCUAUUAUUAAACAUAAAUUGUAGAUUUUUUUGUGUAACUUUUUAGCUUAAAUCCAUGUUGUGGCCUAAUUGUUUUUGUGGUAAAUGUUCGUUCGUCUUCAACAACAAUUCUGGCACGAUAAUAAUAUAAUAAGCUCUAUACAAUACAAAAAAAUGUUCCCUAAAAAACACUGCGAGAUAUGAAGUGUGUUCUUGUUGGCGGUUUUUCGUUCGUUAAUGUGUAAUCACAACCAACCAACCAACAUCAUCACAUCCCCUCCUAAUCAAAAGAAGAAAAUAAAUUGAAGAAGGAACAAUUAAAUAAGAUGGGGUGAAUGGGACGGGACAAUGGGGUAGCCAAGCAGACAUGGCCAUCAUCUUCUUUAAGUUGGCUAAAUGUGGCCUGCAUAAUACCCACCUUGACCGACCUUUCACCCAACAAAUUGAUAAUAAAAAAAUUAUAAUGUGUAUGUGUUUUUAUACAUAAAGAAAAAUUAGUAGUAAUUAAACAAAAUAAAUAAUUAAAUAUAAAUUUUAAUUUUAAACAAAACUGAUACUGAGGAAACGUGAGAAAAAGCGGAAAUUUAAUUUCACGCUAUUUUUUUAAAUUAUUAUUCUUUUUUUUAAAACUAUGUUUUUCUGUCUCUUAAAUUAGUGUGUAAGUAAAAUAUACAAAAACAAGAAAAAAAACAAACAAAAAAUUACACUAAUUAUUAAGUAAUAAAUAAUUUAAAUAUCUAUAUACAAACAGAUAAAAAGAAAAUUAUUAAAAAAAAAUAAAAAUUUUAUUAGUGAAUAAAAAAACAGCAACAACAAGAAAAGAUAAAUAAAAUAAAACCUAGUGUAUUUUCUUUAAGUGUUUAAAGACUAAGAAAAUUAUAUAUGAAUAAAAAUACAAAAAGAAAACAAAGAGAAAAACAACACAAAUAUAUCUAUAUAUAUACAUAUGUUAGGCAAAAAUGUAAGAAAGUUAGGCUAACUUUAUUAAAACAAAAACAAAAAAAGAAUCCAAUAAAAAAAGUACUCUGAAAAGUAAAGAAAUGCAAAACAAAAA